UGUAUGCGAGUGCAUGUGUGUGCUUGUAGUAUGCACGUCGACGUGCUGUGGGUUUCUUUUUGCGGAUGUUGUGUUUUUGGAACCUGUCUGAUAUUAUGUCCUUGUUAUUUUUUUACUUGGUUGCGUCUGUAUUAUAUACUUCUUUGCGUUCUAUAAAUUCGAAAGGAUUUUCACAUUUUUUUUUUUCAUUUUUUACGCCCUUACUAUACGGUGGAGGUCAAUCGAUGCUAACCAGCCUAUGUCUUACCUUGUCCUUUUUUACUUGCGUUUUCUUUAGCUAGAGAUAGACGGAUAUGUUUUAUUGUACCCGUCUAAAUCCGGAACAAAUACAUCCGGUUUGAGAUCGAAAUAGUUAUCCAUGCAUAUUUUCUCUGUUUAAUACUUUUUCUUGAGAUAAGAAUGUAUUUUGCGACAUAAAAAUGGACAGCAAAGAAGAUAGUGGUAUUGACAGUGACAAUAAAUCAGUGCCAAACUCAUCACUUAUGUCGCAGCUUGAAGAAGAAGAUAAACCUGUAAUUGAAACGAAGACGUCUACAUCUAGUACAGCAAAAAAUAUCAGAAGAACUUCAGAAUUACAGAAAAAAAUUGAAAAACAGCGAGAGAAGACGAAACGAAAAGAAGUCAUUGAUGAGCAACCGAAGAGAACUUUUUUAAUACCGAGGUCCAGACUAAACAUUCCAAGUAAACAUGGUGGUACACCAGUCUCACAAGAUGAACUGCCUUUGGUUGCUAUAGUAUCUGAUGACAGCGAGGAGGACGAAUUUGCUGUGCCAAGUCUUUCCAAAGCAGCUCAACGAGAGAUCACAGAACAGCUGAUCAAAGAUGGAUAUAACCUUGACCUUGACCCAGAUGAUGAAGACCUUGACCUCAUUCCACCUCGUCCUUUCCACGAAAGAUGUGGAUGCUGUCCUUCUGCUACAUGGAUUCCACAUAGGUGUGCUGUACAGUGACCAAAACAUAGGUGUAAUUAUUGUAUAUUAAGAAACGUGAUGCAAGAUUUUCUUCGAUUUAUAAAUUGUUAUCUGAAAAUCAGGGUAGAAUCAAAUUGUUGUGCACUGUGCACCAAAAUAUAGAUGUUAUUAUCCUUCAAAUUAUUGUGAAGGACAAUUGAUGAAAAAAUUGUUUGGGCUUUUUAUAACGAUUUUACCCCAAAUGAAAUAUUUAGAGUACUUUUGAGUCAGAAUAAUUCAGACUGAUCAGUAUUGUUACAAACUGGUCAUGUGCACUAUGUUUAAACUUAAGUUUGGAAACCAGUCUGAAGAUGCUAGCAUAUGAUUGGUUGAUUCUGAGUAUAGUUUAGACAUUAACCAAUGGCAAGAUUGCAUUCUGAGUCUGGUUCCCUAAACUCAAUUAUGGAUCAUUAGAACCAUUCUUAGUUACUGCUUUCUCCUUCUAGGUCAAUGGGUCACAUCUAUCAGAUUCUUCUGCACUAACACCCAUAUUUGGCCAGUGCGUGUAGGUCAGAAACUUUUUAACUAAUAUUAAGAAUUCAAUUCUGUCUUUGUAGUGUAAAUUACUAUGUGUUAUAGGAUAUGAUAAACUCUCAGUUUCUGUAAGAAAUUUAGGCUCUUGUACUGACUGGUCCACCUUUUCUGUAACAAGGAUAUUUUUCAUUCUAAAUUUCGGACACCAAAAAUUCUCAAAUUUCAAUUUGGCUUGAUGUGUUAGUGGAUUGUCAUAAAACUUUUAGAGCACAUUUGCAUAAAAGGAACAAUAUCCUGUAAAUAAAAAAAAAACUCAGUAAAAUUUCUAGAAAAUAAAUGUGUUCCAAAUGAGAUUUUCUAAUUACAGAGAAAAAUGCAUUUUUUAGCUAUUAAAAAUGUCUUUAAAGUUUAAAAAAAAAGUUACUAAUGCCACCCACGGAGAGAUAGUGUCACUUAUAUGGAUCUUGCAAAAUGUUGUUGCAUAUCUUAAAAAAUUAUGUACAGGUUUGGUGGACCAAGCAGUAGGAAGUGUUUUAUCAUCUCAUUGUUGAGAGGUAUGACCUCAGCUCUUUUAUAUGUUACAUUGUUGCAUUUAUUUUACACAUUUUACUCAUAUGACGUCUGUUCCUUUGAAAGGUGGCAGUCAGGUGUACUGUCAAAUUUUGGCGAGAAAGUUGAACUUUCUGUCUAAAAGUGAGUUGGCAUGUUUGUAAGAAAAUGUGUUAAAGGUGAUGUUUGCAAGUUAAUGAAAGAUGUGAUUUAUUAUUAUAAAGAAUAUUUAUCUAUGAGUUCAUUCCACUUGAUAGUAUGUUCAGAAUGUGCAAUAAGGAAGUUUCCCUCAUGUGAUAUUUAAAAUUGGGGCAGUGCAGGAUUAACUGAAACGCAAAUCCAUUUUAGUUUUUUCUCUCUUCUUUUUAGAAAAAUGCGUAGGUAGGUUCAGUUGUUAGUUAUAUUUAAAUAUAUAUUAACAUAGGAUAUGGAGCAAAUAUAUGUAUAAUGUUAGGUCAGUUUAUAUUCAUCAAAUUAUCACGACUUCUUCAUUGUCAAUCAUCUAAUUUACCACGGUUUAGAUCAGGUGUGCAGGAAUUGCUAGCCACAGUAUAUCUAAACAUCGGAAUGUAAAACUGUGGUAAAUCAUACAAUUAAUCACAAGAUGGCCUUGUUUUUAAUUUUUUUUUUCAUUUUUACUUGCCCAUAUAAACAAGAUGAUAAAAUUUAUGCUGAACUUCAUUCUUCAUAAAAGUAAUGAAUCUGAUAUCUUGUCGCCAUAAUGUUAUCAAACUGGUCCGGGUGCCAACCGUUGUUUAUUGCAGAAUAUACAAUGUUUUGUUCAGCUGGCAAAAUGAUGGAACCAUGUUAGAAUGAAAUACUACAAAUUUCGUAAAGCUGAAGUAUGCUGGUUUUGCAGUAAGUUGCUUGGUAAUUCAGGUAGAGACAAAGGUGUUUUUUCUCAUGUAUUUUUCAAUAUGUAAGAAAAGGACCAAACACAUUAGAUUCCAGAAUAUGUUUUCAGUAAAAAAUUCUUCUGUUUGAGCAUCAUUUGAUGAUAAUAAGAUUAGUAAUACUUGGUUAGUAAUAGAUUAGCUGGAGUGGGGAACACUUUAUAUAAAUUGUGUACAGUUUCUCGGAAACGAAAAAUUUAACAGAUACCAAAGCAUUUAGUAACAUUAGUUUUUUGUAAGUUGUACUUGUCCCUUUAGUGUGAAAUUUAAUCUAAAUUUGAUACAGUUAGAUAAUUCAGUUAUCGGGUAAUAGCCAAAUAAGUUUUUACCCUGUCCAGAUUGCUAUAUAUAACAGAAAUACUAUCGAAAAACAGCAUUAAUCCCAAAAGAGGAUAAGUUAUAAGUUUAUUUUCAUAAGAAUUGAUGAUUAUGAGCAUGAGAAGAGUUUAAAAGGCUUGUGUGCUAUUGCUGUUAGUACACAAGGUUAUGAUUGUUCUAUUUAUAUAUUCAAAUAAUAUAUACUUCUGUGUUUUAAUAAUUCAGUGCAAUUGAAGACUAAAGAAAUCCAGUUUGUUGUUAUUUUUACUCUUCUGCCAAAGUUGAUCAUUCCACGACUUGUAUUCAUAAUAUUUUAAGUCAGAAAGUUAAGACUUAUUCUGAAAAAACAUGUCGAAUUUUUCAGGUUGCUGUGUGUUUUAUAACUCAGAUUUUUGCUAAAUUUUUACAAUUUUUUUUUUGUUUAUUUUCACAAUAAAGUUUCAUUGGAAUUUUUGCACUGCAAUGAUACUAGACAGAGCAAAUUGUACAUUUUACAUUUUAAAGUUUUAACUCCCUGGCUUAGAAUGUUCAUGAAUAUUGGCAUAUAAAAAGAAUUCCAUAUAUUUGUUGUUUAAUUCCAGAGUUUAUCUUUCUAUGUUACUAUAUUAUACAUGUUUCAUAAUGUCUUUUUUCUGUACCAUAUAAAACUUACAUUCAUAAUUGUUAUUGUGUUAAAAGCUCACUAGAGUCAAAGGCUCAGUAUGAUUUAUUACUAUGAUAUUAAGCUCAUUAGAGCCGAAGGGUUAUUGUGAUUUGUUGCUAUGAUUUUAAGCUCACUAGAGCCAAAGGCUCGGGUUGGGCAAUUACUAUAAUUUUAAGCUCACUAGAGCCAAGGCUCGGUUUGAGCAAUUACUAUAAUUUUAAGGUCACUAGAGCCAAAGGCUUAGGGCGAGCUAUUAACUAUAAUGGUAGUCUGGCAUCCAUUGUCCAGAGAUUUUUAGCUCGACUAUUCAAAGAAUAGUCUAGCUAUUCUACUCACCCUAGCGUCGGCGUCGGCGUCUCACCUUGGUUAAGUUUUUGCAUGCAAGUACAUACAGCUAUCAUUUAAAGGCAUAUAGCUUUGAAACUUAUUUAUUCUCUUUCUAGGUCAAUUACCAACCUCACUGGGUCAACUUCCAUAACUCUUAACAUGUAUUUUGAGCAAAUUAUGCCCCCUUUUGGACUUAGAAAAUUCUGGUUAAUGUUUUACAUGCAAGUUACUAUCCCCAAAACUAAUGCAGAUAUUGAAUUGAAACUUAACAUGUUUCUUUGGGGUUAUAAAACUAGUUGAUAGCAUCAAGUCCCAUAACUCUGAUAUGCAUUUUGGCCAAAUUAUGCCCCCUUUUGGACUUAGAAAAUUCUGGUUAAAGUUUUGCAUGCAAGUACAUACAGCUAUUACUAAAAGGCAUAUAGAUUUGAAACUU